GUGACUCUCUCUGAUACAAAUCUUUCUCGAGUCAGUAGCAGCUGCGAGCUCGUUGUCUUGGUGAUUUCUUGUGUGAACUGUCACAGGUCAGUUUUAUGGUUUGCUCCAGUAGAGUAAACCGGAAAACACGCAGGACGCUGCUUUGAAAAAUGAAGCCUUUAAAUCCGCGUUUUAUAUUUUUGCUGAGUUUAACAGUAGUCAGCUCAAGCUUUGGAUUCUACCUUCCGGGUUUAGCACCAGUCAGUUUUUGCGAGCAAAAGUCGGAAGGAGAUGCGGAGGAAUGUCUGACUGAGAUACAGCUGUUUGUGAAUAGACUGGACUCAGUGGAAUCAGUCCUGCCUUAUGAAUAUGAUGCGUUUGAUUUUUGCAAAGAUACGAAUGAAAGAAGGCCCUCAGAGAACCUUGGGCAGGUGUUAUUUGGAGAAAGAAUAGAGACAUCACCUUACAAGUUUUCAUUUAAGGCUGACAAGGCUUGUGUGAAGGUCUGCACCAAAUCGUAUGAUACAGGUUCAAGUGAAGACAAGUUAAAGUUGGACUUUCUAAAGAAAGGAAUGGAGCUGAAUUACCAGCACCACUGGAUUGUUGACAACAUGCCUGUGACGUGGUGUUACAUUGUGGAGGACAAUCAGAAAGUCUGCAACCCAGGAUUUCCCAUUGGAUGUCUAGUGAACCAAGAAGGAAAGCCAAAGGAUGCCUGUGUGAUAAAUGCUGAUUUCAACAAGAAGAACACUUUUUAUGUUUUCAACCAUGUGGACAUCACCAUAGUUUACCACAGUGGAGAUGAAACGAAUGGCAUGCAUGCUCGACUUGUGGCGGCAACACUGGAACCUCGGAGCAUAAAGCAUCAAAAUGAUGAAAUUCCAACGUGUGAAGGAACUCCCAUGGACAUACCAGCAGAUUUCAAGAGUAAUCUCAAAGUCACCUACACUUAUUCAGUUACAUUUAAGCAAAAUGAUGAUAUUAGGUGGGCUUCUCGAUGGGAUUACAUUUUGGUUUCCAUGCCUCACACCAACAUCCAGUGGUUCAGCAUCAUGAAUUCUUUAGUUAUUGUGCUCUUCCUGUCUGGCAUGGUGGCCAUGAUCAUGCUUAGAACACUGCACAAGGAUAUUGCCCGGUACAACCAGAUGGACCAGGCAGACUGGGUUAAGAUCCCUCCAGCUGCAAACAUUACCUAUGAGGAAGCCCAGGAGGAGUCUGGCUGGAAGCAGGUUCAUGGCGACGUGUUCAGGCCACCCAAGAUGGGCAUGCUUCUGUCCGUCUUCCUCGGACAGGGCACUCAGGUCUUCAUCAUGACCUUCAUCACCCUUUUCUUGGCCUGUCUGGGCUUCCUGUCUCCAGCCAACAGAGGGGCUCUCAUGACCUGUGCAGUGGUGUUGUGGGUUCUGCUUGGCACACCUGCUGGAUACGUGUCUGCCAGACUCUAUAAGACUUUCGGUGGUGAAAACUGGAAAACCAAUGUUCUUCUCACCGCCUUUUUGUGUCCUGGGAUUGUGUUUGGGGAUUUCUUCUUGACGAAUCUGAUCCUGUGGGUAGAGGGCUCCUCCGCUGCUGUUCCCUUUGGUACACUGGUGGCCAUCCUGGCACUGUGGUUUGGCAUCUCUGUUCCUCUCACUUUUGUGGGUGCAUACUUCGGUUUCAAAAAACCAGGCAUCGAGCCACCCGUGCGAACAAACCAGAUCCCACGCCAAAUUCCUCAGCAGUCCUUCUUCACCAAACCCGUGCCGGGCAUCAUCAUGGGCGGCAUCCUGCCCUUCGGCUGUAUCUUCAUCCAACUCUUCUUCAUCCUCAACAGCAUUUGGUCUCAUCAGAUGUAUUACAUGUUUGGCUUCCUUUUCCUGGUCUUCAUCAUCUUGGUCAUUACCUGCUCUGAGGCAACUGUUCUGCUCUGCUACUUCCAUUUAUGUGCAGAGGAUUAUCACUGGUGGUGGCGAUCAUUUCUGACCAGCGGUUUCACGGCGGUGUAUCUGUUUGUCUACGCAGUGCAUUACUUCUUCUCAAAACUACAAAUCAUAGGGGCUGCAAGCACCAUCCUCUACUUUGGCUACACCUUGAUCAUGGUGCUCAUCUUCUUCAUUUUUACAGGUACUAUAGGCUUCUUCGCCUGCUUCUGGUUUGUAAAUAAAAUCUACAGCGUGCUGAAGGUGGACUAAGGGAGGGACAUUUGGAGAACACAACAUCAUCUUUUUACAGAUCAGCUUUCAUGUGGAAGUCUGAAUAGACAUUUAAAUGAAGGUUAAAAGAGUUUGUUUGGCUCAACUGUAAUUGUGUGUGUGAACUCCAAAGAUCCUUUUUUAGUGCUUUACUUGUCUCGUGUUGCCUGACUUCAUUCCAGCUGAGAGCAUAAGCCCAUAUCUUAUGUAUAAUAUUGUCUUAUGCUUUUAUAAUGAUCCAAAUGUAUGUUUUACAUCGUAUGUUAUAUUUCAUCAUCUGUAAAGACAAUUUGAGUAUUUAACACAGUUAUUUCUCUCAAUGUUUUAGCCUUUGUACAUUUUUGAAAGAAGUGUAGCAUCACUACAUAAUAAGUUUCACUAAUGUAAAACAUUAUUAUUUGGUGGAAUUUCACAGCGAAAUACCGUCAUUUUGAUUGGAAUCCACAUGUUUGGGAGUUUUAAUUGAAGGCUAAAAUGUUUCCCCCACAUACAGAUUUUGUUGUGUCAAGUUGGUCACGCAAAGUUGACACGUUGAGAACAGAAAAUUGGUUUGGAAGUGACUUCAUCGUGAGUGGUGCUUCAUGCAUCGCUACACUAUUAACUAUGGGGAUUUUUUUUUUUUGCCUGUGAAAUUUUGUUGAUUUUUUGCGAAUGAAAUCCGGUCAUUUAGAUGGGAAUUAACACGAUCAGGAAUUUCACAUGAGGGUGAAAGAUUUUGCUAAGGGUUCAAGACAAGUUUUUCAUGGAUUUGCCUUACUGACCAACAAAAAGCUGCUUUGUUUUAAAGUGACUUCUGUGGGAGCUCUGCUUUAUGCAUCUUGCUAUUGACAAUAUAAGAAGAAAUGUUUUUGCCCGUGAAAUUUCACCUAAAUUUCGUUAAUGUGACCGCACCUCAAGGCAUGUAAAACCGCACCACAGUAACCUCUAUAAUGUCACCUAUUGGUGAAUAUCAGUAAUAUUUUUACUUUGUUGUUAGUAUCAUAAACUACUUUGUUUUAUGUUUUUAUAGUUUUAUCUUGCUGAAGAAUUGUUUUUAUGGAGGGAAGAAAAUUGAAUGGUUAAGAAGCACAUUUUUUUUUGCUACAGGACUCUUUUAUACAAGUAAUAAUAUCAAAAUAAUGGGAAAUAUUUAGUGAUUUUUAUACUUUGUAAAUUAUUUAAAUGUAAUUACGUUAAGAAAACUACAUGCUUGCACAUCUUUUUCCAAUCAUUUUAAUUUAAAACCCACAGAAUGUACUGAGCUUCAAGUCUUAUGAUGAGGUAUACAUAAACAUUCUUCACCAUGUUAUAAUGAAAGAAAAAUAAAUAAAUCACAAAGUACAUCAUUACAAAAA